CUCUCUGUGUAACACACCUCACUAUUGCGAACAUGCGACGAUGCGACCUAAACACUGUGUAGUGUGUACUGUACCAGUUGAAUAGUCAGCUUGCUACACUGGCCGUAAAGUGAUUCAAGCCCCAAGCUAAUAACAGCUAGUGCCAGUGGCCAGUAGGUAUUCUAUCUGUAUCGCAUCCAUUGGCUCAGUACCGCGAAAGAGCGAGGAGAAGAAGGUUAUCCUCAGCCGGGUGAAUGGGUCAUAGCAAGUGAUGGCGUUUUAUGUUAACGUCCUCGAGUGGAACACAAAUCAAGUGUGCGAGUGGCUAAAAGGAUUGGAUAACUCAGUCCUACCGUACGUUCACAGUUUUAUGAACCACAAUGUAAACGGACAACAACUUUUGAACCUCCGUCCCGAAGAUUUGGAACAGCUGGGCUUGUUUAAGCUUGGUCACCAGGAGAUUAUCCUUGAAGCAGUCGAGUUCUUGCGCAGUUUACACUAUGACCUUGACACGGAAAACCUGCAGCAACUGGCCAUGCGCUUGGCUUGCCGGGCGCAAAGCCUUCACAACGAACUGUCCCGUCAGUCCGACCUGUCCAAGCCAGUCACCACCCAGAAUUUAUCCGACGUAGUCUCGAUAAUAAUGGUCGCAAAACCUCUGAUCAGGUGGCUCGACCGCCAGCCUUUUAACGGGCAUUUGAAAUACAACGAGAUGAAAGCUCAGUUAUUAAAGCUUUCCUUGGAAAUGGCUACUUGCGCCCAGAGGGAUAGAUUUGUCGAAAAUCCCAUGGAUGAGAUAAAAACCACCUGCGGAGAGAUGGCACUCCUUGCUGAUCACGUGAUUCAGGACAUAUCGGAUCCAAUGAUACUGCAGCCCUCAACUUUGGAUGUCGCGCGUUUGAAGAAGAAGUCUGGAGAUGAUUUGGGUUUUUGUAUCCUUCCAUCUAUCCAUGGGGCCCAUCAAGUCGCGGAAAUUAAAUUGGGAUCAGCUGCCCAUCAGUGUGGAAAAAUGGAAGAAGGCGAUGAAGUAGUGCAGGUCAAUUAUCAGACUGUAGUUGGAUGGGAGCAAAAAAAUGUGCUGGAACUGAUUCGCGAUAGUCCCGUUGAUCUCUGUUUAACGCUAAAACGAAGACCACGACACACGACGGUCUAUGGCCAAAUAUACAUCAAGCCAAUGCGAUUACCACCAAGCAACAAGAACCUAACGCGAUGGGAGCACAACUUACCCUCUCCGAGGCCAGAACUGUUGACAAUACCCGAUUUCGUUAUGCCACUACCAAAGCACGUGAAAAAAGUGGAUGCACAAAAACCAGCUACGAUCCUGAGCACGGCUUCGAUGCUGGACGCCAUGACGAUGGACGACAGCGGGAGCAGCGCCGGGGACGAGUCUGACGACGGCAGCGAGUGUGGCUCUCGAUCGGCGGUACGGUUGUACUCGACGAAGCCCCGGAAUCUGGUGCAAAGGAGAGCUACAAUAACCGGAGCCUCGCCCACGGCCAAGCACAGUCGGGUCAACAUCGAAAAGUUCUGGCGCGAGCUCAAGCGCGAGCAGAGCACGCAGAGCUUUCAACUACGCGACAAAGCCGUGUCCUGCGCCCAAGGCCUGAAUGCGCCGGAAGCUCACCAGUCGCAGCCAUCCAUGCGACCGCAGACCUGUCUGGGAAUUGAGCAGCGCUCCAUGCUGGGCAAGCCGCGGAAGGUCAAGUUCCAGGAAGGAAAGGAUGAAGAAUUACACAGUCGGGAUGGGCUUUUGAACGACGAUGGCUCCGAUGGGCGGGAAGACACUAACGUUUCACGUUGUAAGAAUCAUCAUCAUGAAACGAUGGACGAUAUAUCAGUCGGUACAAGAAGCAAUAACGAAAAACUAAAUGACGAGGUGAUUUCGAGGGAUCGUCAGCAGGCGGCUGACCAAGAGGGCGAGAGUUGCGAAAAGAGUCAUCCUCCAUUAUCUCCUGCGCGGGAAUCAGCAAGCACCAAAGAGCGUGGUAGACUCGAUAAGAGUUUCAGUACUCCGGCUUACGAUCUUACAGAGUCAGAUGACGACUUCAUCGAGAAGAAAUUCGAGGCAGCCCUUGACGAACAUCACAAACAGCAGCUACAAGCGAGAGCCGCUGCCGGUAAGAGCGAAAACUCGGCCAAGACCGACUCCCGCUUGUUCGAUUCCGUGGAAGAUCUGGAGGAGCACGGCAGACCGAUCGUACCGGAUUUUCCCGUACCCAAAGUAAUCGGGAUCGGCAACGUAGCGCGGAAAAUCAGCGAUUUCGAGAGGAAUCUCAAUAACCAUAGCAACGAAAAGCUCUUUGAAAAAAGUUCUUCAAAGCCUUUCGGAACAAAUAAUCCGAUAAGGAGUAACGUACACAUUCAAAUAAACGAUGUCGACGUCAGCGACCACUUGGACGAGUUAGAAGACGACUCCGGUAACAUAACGACAGACCUGGACACUGACGAUGAGAGCAACUUUUUCUCCAGCGACACGUACGAUACGAAGUCGAAAAUGAAGUGCGAAGUGACCAACGAUAGUACCACCGCUGACCGUUCCCCUGAGUUGAGCAGGGAGAGUAGCGAUGACAAAUCCGAGUCAACGAGUAGCUAUGUCAAGGCAAACUCGACGAUCAGCAGCGAUAGCAGUGUUGAUAUCAAAAAUCUUUCAAGUGGUAUUGUAGAGACCAUUAACAGUGCCCUGCUCGAGAAAACGAGGCUAAUAGAAAAUACCGAGUCAAAUGGUUUGGAGAAAGAUCCUCAACAUGAUGUCGAAUCUACAGUCUAUAGCAUAGACGCUGUUAAUCAGCGGGACGAAAUGGUCAGAGCUCUGUCACCAAACAUUCACGUUCAAAAAAGUGCUCUAGUCGAAAACAUCGGUACCAAGUAUCCGACGUCCCCAGCAUCCAGUAGUCCAGUGCCUUUGCCUACUCGACCGGAUACUCCACGAAGAGAGGUGGUCCUUAAGCCGGAAGUGAAGCCAAGAACAACGCCUCCUGAACCACCCCCAAGAAAGUACAAUGUAAAACCGCCACCACUUAACAUUAAUGUUUGUCAGUAUCAGCAAUCUGUGAAUCAUAGCCCGAGAGAUCAUCAUACGCAACAUCAGGAGAGGCCUAAGGUCCCAAAAAGGUCGAGUGUGAAACAAGAUCUAAAGAAAAAUGACACUGCUCUUGAAGUUCAGCCGAAAAGUCAGCAUCCGCCAGAAGUGCACUCCAGAAGUGAUAUUUUGAAUCAGGAUCAACGUCACAAAAAUGAACGAUUAGAAACUUACACGGACUUUGCGGAGAGGUCAACGGAUUUUAUCGAUGAACCGAAUACGCCACGACAACCCGAGUCCAACAAGACGGUCGCCUCGAAUUCUUUUGUUGAUCCUUACGGUUACACUGAGAUUCCCGGUAACCCAGCUAGUCCCAGCAAAUCGCUCAUUGCAACUAGUAGUACCAGUAGCCAUGCCUCCAGUGAACUUGGAAAGCAUGAAUAUAGACCACAAAAUAUCGACACUGCUGAUGGGUUAUGCUAUUCACGUCAACAAGCUUUACCAAUUGAAAACAAAACCAGGAGCUUGGAAAAAGAUAAAUCACACGAAAAAGGUGUUGUUAAUCGUGCCAUGAUGGUCGCAAGGAGUAUGGGUCUACAUGGAAACGCUGUCAAGUCGAGUAAUAGCCCGAGAAGUAUCAGAAAGCGAACAACUAAUUUAGCUAAACGAAGAAAUGUAGCGGUCAAAGAUAUUUCACCAAGCGAUUUGGAGAGUUGGUUGAUUUAUCGAAGCCGAGGUGCUGGUGGAGCAUGGAAUAAAGCGUGGUUCGUACUAAAAGGAGCAUCGUUAUACAGAUUUAAAAACCAAGACAGUACCAAAGCAGAGUGUCUUAUUGCGUUGUCAGGGUUUACGGCCUCCCAGGCACCAGAAAUAAAGUCUAGAAAACACUCUUUUAAAGUCUAUUAUACUGGUACCAUGUUUUACUUUGCGGCAGAAAACGAGGACACGCUUGUGCUGUGGUUAGACGCCAUAAACCGGGCGACCCUUGGCGCUGAGAGGACAAGUGGCUUGUUCAGCGAGACAGACGAGAGUGACGGAGAAAAUAAGAGCAAAACAAAAGGUUCAACAUCAGAGUCGAAACCGUCAUCUGAAAAAUCUUUCAACUCGUUAAGCAAAAUGUUAGGCAAAAAAGAUUCUACUAGUCCCAAAGACUCCGAAAUGAGUGCUGCAAGUUUAGAUAGAAAAUAUUUAAAAUUUUUGGGAUCCAGAACUCAAAAUGUUCCAGUUCCUACUGCUCAAUUCAGAAGUUACAGAAGGGUUUUGCCAUCCUCAACUCCAAAUAGAAGAAAUGAAAAACUUAGUUCACCAGAUUUACAAGUAACCGUCGCUAGCAGUACUUUUUAUGGCCUUAAUGCAUCCCAAAGCGCUACAGAUGUCCUGAAUUCUUCUCAAGACAUGGGUGACUACAGACAAACUUCUGAACGACUUCGAAGUAAUCGUAAUCAACGACCAGAAGAAUUGCAAGGUGCUAUGACUUUGGAGGAGUUCAUGCUGGCUCGUCAAGAAGAAUGUCAGAAUUCCUCCAGUAACAAUUACAACAAUAAUAGUAACCCUGCAAGAUUUACUCCUCUGAACAAUGAUCACGUGCACGUUCAGCAUCGCAAUAUUACCGAGAGUCUAAGCAAUAUGGUACAAACAAAUGGAAUGAUUUAUGGAUCGCCAAGGAACGAAGAGAACCUCAUGGCGUUGCCCACCGAACAAGCGCCUCCGACACCAACGCGUAGUGAACUGAUUGCCGCAUCAAAUCGCUCGUUUGAUAGCAGUGAAUCAGGCAGCAGCAGUAGAACUACUGAUUCGAUCAAGUCAAAAAGCCAUAAAAAGUCGUGGGAGCCGAAUUAUCUACAGAAAAACAAACUUUCUACGAAUAAUAAUUACGAAGAUUGUCAGGCUUACUCGCCCACUGCAACCAGAAGAGACUUUACUAUCAAUCAGUCGAACGCUGUGCCUGACAAUCACAUCGGAUAUUUGACGGUGGAUUACGGAGAGAGACUCAAACCUCAAAGUCGCUACAGAACCGUGGAUUCCUACAACGCAAACGCAGAUUUCUCUCAGGCUUCAAGAAGGGCUGUAAGGAAUGAUGCAGACCUCACACAUUCAGAAGAAAACUGGAUGAUGGAAACUCAGAGGCUAGAGGAAAAUGGCUUAAGAUCAAAUGUUGAUAGAAACAAUCCUCUAAGAAAAGCAGGCCAGUAUCAACAGUCUUUUAAAUCUGCAUCGCCCUUACACUCAAAGGACACAAUGUUUGAGAUGCACCUUGAACAUCAGCUGCAACAGCCAGCUUCGCCUAAAAAGAGUAAGGGAUUGAAAAACUUGUUCGGCAAAAGUUCGCCGAAAGCAACGAGUCUUGAUUCUUCUCGUGAAUCUACACCAAAGAAAACGUUGCUCGGUUCACCAAGUUUACGGAGAGCAUUUUUUCGUGACAAACCACGAAAUCGUUCAACAAAUCAAAGUUCUGAAGAUAAUGAGACUCCUCAGAGCCAUUACGUUGGAACGAAUCAGGCACCAGCUUAUUACUCAAACAUUAGCGCUGCCAAUUAUAUCUCCAAUAAUAUGCUUGCUUCUCGAAUGCAUCCACCUCAGAGGCUUUUCCAGUGUGCAGCGGAUGAUACAUAUACACCUCAAGACAGUACAAGAUAUUUUAUGCCAGCUCAAUGGCCAACAACAUCUGACAGUACAACUUCGCAUGUCCAACAUUUGGACUAUCCACCUACUUUUGAACCAGAAACUUACACGUUUUCGAAUCUCUCGCUACGACGCCAACGAAGUACUAAAAGUAAUGAAAACCAUGGCACGUGUCAGUAAUUUUAUAGAACUUUGAAUAUACUAUAAUAUGUGGUACAUUCGUUCCUAUUGCUUAAGUGUCUUAUUUCGUGCUGGUAUUUUUCAUAUCACACCAUCACCGGUAAUCAGGUUUUAUUUUUAAUAUUUAAACUAUUUAUACAUACCUAUUUAUACAUAUAAAUUUAUUCAAGUAAAUUAUUUAUAUUAUAAUAAUUUUCAAACUUACUAUGAAACUGUAUAUUACUGAUAAACCAUGCGAUAUUAGUUUCGAGUAUUAGGUAACAAAUGAGGGUAAUCAUAUGCCAAUAAGCCUUAGGUCUUGCCAUUGACAAAAUAUCAGUAAUUGGAAUUUUAUCAAUUCUGUAGUUACAGGAAAAUUAAAAAUGGCCGUCCACUACGUGCCUGUGCUACAUUACAUAAGAUGUAUUUUAAAUAUUUUUAGCAAAUUUUUCUUGCCAUGUACAUAAAUUUUAAAUAUCGUAAGUUCAAGUUCAAAAAUUAAGAGUUUUAAAUAAGGACUUUUUCAACUUUUUCACUAAAGUAAUAUUAGAAAACUGCGCAUGAACUCACAAUUUUCAAUAAGAAAUAUUAAUUUUAAAAUUAUUUAACUUGACUUAAGAAUAUCGCAGUUUUCGGAAUCACUGCGAUGGAUAAAGUAACAACAUCGCUUUUAGAGAUAUUAGAAUUCCGGCGUCUCUAUUAUAAGCCUGAUAAUCAUUUGUGAUAGCGCUGUUUAGAUCCGCAAAAAAUUAUUACAAUUUUUUUAUAGGGGUG